AUGUCAUUCAAAUCAACAACUUCGCCAGAUUCAUUGGCUCCUACUUCACCUUUUUCAAAUUAUUCAAAUUUAUCAACUUCUUCCAUAUCUAAUCAUUCAAAUAAUGCAUCUCCAAAUUUCAAAUCAACAACUACAACAAAGGAAAGAAAAUCUGCUAUAAAGCAUCAAACACAAUUAUCAACUUCAAGUCCAGCUGGUAUUGCAGUCGCUAAUAAGGUUACUCCUGAAAGAUUGGCACAUUUAUUAUCAAGUACUGGUCCUUUAGCAAUUAGACAUAUAACUUCAAACUUGGCUAAACAAAUCCAAGGUUUUGAUAAAUUAUCUCUUUCUAAACAAAGAAGAUUGAUUAUGAGCUCUUUAGAUCAAGGUUUCCAAGAAGAAUCUACGAUUUUUGAAAAAAUUGGCUGGGGUCAAUGGAGUGCUAAAAAAGUUGAUCCUGAAAAUUUUAUUAAAGAAAGAAAUUCAAUUAGAAUACAUAAUGCAAAAGUUAAAGAUGGUGAAACAAAUAAUGCUUUAAGAAGAGAAUCAAUUACAAAAGGUAAAUAUGAAGUUGAUCAACAUGAUAAUUUCCUGAAGAAACAUAAUAGACCUUCAACUUCUUCAUCUGCAACAAUUACAAGCCAAACAAUUGCUCAUGAUUAUGCAAUUGAAUCUUCAGAUGAUGAAGCUAUUGAAGAAGAAGAUGAAUCUCAAGAUCAUGAUGCUAGUUCAGUUAGUGAUUUUUAUGAUGGUGAUGGUGAUGAUGCUUCUAAUGGUGUUUUCAAAUUUGAUGAUGAAGAACAAAUUCCACCAUUAAAACUAAGUUCAAAUUCAAGAUUAGUUUCACCUCCAUUAAAUACAGCUACAAGAUCUUCAAGAUCAAGUUUCUCAAGAGGUAUUCAAAAACCAAAAUUUAAAUCUACAAGAUCAAAUUCUCAAACUCCAACUUCACCUGAAUUAUUAUAUUAUCAAUCAAUUGAAAAAUCAAAUCCUUCAAGAAGACAUAGUUCAAUCAGAUCUACUUUAAGUGCAAAUGAACAACAUGAUGAUUCUGAUACAGAUGAAGAAGAUUGGCAAAGUAUAGGUGCUGUGAAAUUACGCAAAAGUAGUUUAGCGCCACCAGAAAUUACUAUACCCAAUUUACCAAAAAAUGAACAAGAUGCUGCUUUAGCCUUGGUCAAUUUAAGAUCCCUUUGA